CUACAGCCAGAUUGUGCGUGUCUGGACAAACUUUUGACUCCGGAACUGGUGUCACAACUUCGUUCAAAAGAGUUUGGCGUGUCGACACCGGAGGACAAACUCUACGAGGAAGUCUUCCGAACUCCCGCCUUUUUGAAGGUAUUCAAAGAAGUCAUCGAGGACUACUUCGCGAGACCCGGCGUGCUGGAACGCUUCAAGCCGGCGUGCAACUGUUCAGCACAGCCUUGCACCGCCGAGUGCAACUGCGCCGCCCCGUCUCCACCCACCACGCCGACUCCGGAGAACGUUCUCGCCUCCGCGUCCUCCAAGCACAUUCUCGACGCACUCAAAGAGAUCUCCCACGGCGUAAGUCCGCGUCUGGCUUGGUUCCAAUCGCCGGGAACCCCUCACAUCGUGGCUCACUACUCAGUUUCCCUCUCUCUCUCUCCACAGGCUAUCAUCAUGGAGAAUGAAACGGUUCUGGCCAGGGUCGCGUACACUCUCGCGCCAGGAAGCAUGGUGUACCUGAACUCCGAGGACAUGUUCUACCUCAAGACUACUACGACUACCGCGGCUCCAGUGCCCCUGCCAGACGAUCUCGUCGGAAAAAGCCUCAUCUUGGCGGCGCAAAAUGGUCCGUUGAACGGGGAGCUGCGAUUUGGCGCUAAAUUCGGCAGUGGUCAUUCGGGCGCCAUCUUCACCUGCCAGAGGGCUGCUAGGCAACACAAUCUAUCGCAACUAUUCUACCCGCUGAUGAACACCGACGUCUUCAACAUGGACUACGUUGUACCUCCGAUGUAUCGAUUCGAUCUACCGAUUGUCAACAUUCGUGGUGAAAUUUUGUUUGACGACUACGUGCAUUUAGUUAACGGAGAGCAAGCCCCUCAGGCUCCGAUUCUCGCAUUCGAUGGAAAGGACAUUAACUCAGAUCCACUGGCGCCAUGUGUGUGGGUAGGCGCGAAGCCAAUCUACCUCAACGGUGACUACGAAUUUGCCGCCAGAUCAAAGUGUCGCAAUUGGCAGACGCACGAUCCUACUGAACGCGGAUUGGCUGUUCACGUGCCAAUGAAUUCGAACUCCGUGGGAUUUUUCGACGAAUCCAACCUCUACGAGGAGUCGUGUGUAAAGCGCUGCAACAUUCUCUGUAUCCAAAUUUCACCAAAAUAG